AUGCCAUUGCGCCUUGAUGUCAAGCGCAAAUUAUCAGUUCGAUCCGAUCGUGUCAAAUGUGUUGAUAUUCAUCCAAAUGAACCAUGGAUUUUAGUAACAUUAUUUAAUGGUCAUGCACAUAUUUAUAAUCAUGAAACUCAACAAUUAAUUAAAACUUUUGAAGUAUGUGAUGUUCCAGUUCGUGCUGGUAAAUUUGUUGUUCGAAAAAACUGGGCAAUUACUGCAUCUGAUGAUAUGCUUAUACGAAUUUAUAAUUAUAAUACUCUUGAACGUUUGCAUCAAUUUGAAGCACAUAGUGAUUAUAUACGUUCAGUUGCUGUUCAUCCAACACAGUCAUAUAUAUUAACUAGUAGUGAUGAUAUGACUAUCAAAUUAUGGGAUUGGGAUGCUAAAUGGGCAUUAAAACAAACAUUUGAAGGACAUGUACAUUAUGUUAUGCAAAUAGCUAUUAAUCCAAAAGAUAAUAAUACAUUUGCAUCAGCAUCACUUGAUCGUACUGUCAAAGUAUGGCAAUUAGGAUCAAGUCAAGCAAACUUUACUCUUGAAGGACAUGACAAAGGUGUUAAUUGUGUCGAUUAUUAUUCAGGUGGUGAUAAGCCUUAUCUUGUUUCUGGUGGUGAUGAUCGUCGUGUAAAAAUUUGGGACUAUCAAAAUAAAACAUGUGUACAAACAUUAGAAGGACAUUCACAAAAUGUUGGCUGUGUUGCAUUUCAUCCUGAAUUACCUAUUAUACUAAGUGGAUCAGAAGAUGGUACUGUAAAACUGUGGCAUUCAAAUACAUAUCGACUUGAAUCAACACUUAAUUAUGGUCUUGAAAGAUGUUGGGCUAUAGCAUGUUUAAAAGGAUCAAACAAUGUUGCGCUUGGAUAUGAUGAAGGAACAAUGAUGAUUAAAUUGGGUCGAGAAGAACCAGCUAUGUCAAUGGAUGCUUCAACUGGUAAAAUUGUUUGGGCUAAACAUUGUGAAAUUCAACAAGUUAAUUUAAAACAAUUAAAUAGUGAUCAACAACUAAAAGAUGGAGAAAAAGUACCAUUAAAUGUUAAAGAACUAGGCAGUUGUGAAAUAUAUCCACAAACAUUAUCCCAUUCACCAAAUGGAAGAUUUGUUGUUGUUUGCGGCGAUGGAGAAUAUAUAAUUUAUACAGCAAUAACAUUACGUAAUAAAAGUUAUGGAAAUGCUAUGGAAUUUGUUUGGUCAAACGAUUCAUCAGAAUAUGCUAUACGAGAUGGAAAUAUGGUUAAAGUUUUUAAAAAUUUUAAAGAAAAAAAAACAUUCAAACCAGAAGCUGGAGCUGAAGGUAUUUUUGGUGGUAAUCUUUUGGGUGUUAGAUCAUAUUCAGGUUUAACAUUCUAUGAUUGGGAAACAUUAAGUUUGAUUCGUCGAAUUGAAAUUGUACCAAAACUUAUCUAUUGGAGCCAAAAUGGUGAAAUAGUUUGUAUUGCAACAGAAGAAUCUUAUUAUGUUCUUCGUUAUAAUCCUCAAACCGUGGUUGCUGCAUCUACAAAUAAAGAUCUUAAGUCUGAGGAUGGUAUCGAAGAUGCAUUCGAUGCACUAAGUGAAAUUUCUGAAAUUGUAAAAACAGGUGUAUGGGUUGGUGACUGUUUUAUUUAUACAAAUUCUCUUAAUAGAAUAAAUUAUUAUGUUGGUGGUGAAAUUGUAACGAUUUCACAUUUGGAUAGAGUUAUGUAUUUACUAGGUUAUGUAUCAAAUGAAAAUCGUUUAUAUUUGGGUGAUAAAGAUAUGUCUAUUGUAUCAUUUGAAUUAUCCUUAUCAGUUCUUGAAUAUCAAACAGCUGUUAUGCGAAAAGAUUUUGAAACAGCUGAUCAAGUUCUUCCAACUAUUCCAAAAGAACAACGAACACGUGUUGCACAUUUUCUUGAAAAACAAGGUUAUCGUCAACAAGCAUUGGCAGUUACACUGGAUAAUGAACAUAAAUUUGAUUUAGCUCUUCAACUAGGAAAUUUUCAAGUUUGCUAUGAACUUGCCAUUGAAUUAGAGAAUGAACAAAAAUGGUUACAAUUAUCUGAGGCUGCUACAAAACAAGGAGAAUUUUCUUUAGUAGAAGAAUGUUUAACACGUGCACAAGCAUUUGGUUCACUUAUUCUUUUAGCAAGUGCAUCAAGUAAUAAACAAUUGAUGUCAAACAUUGGUGAACAAUCAAGAAAAGUUGGACAAUUUAAUAUUGCUUUUCUAUCAAACUUUGUCUUGGGAAAAUUAGAUCAAUGUUUAGAUAUUCUUAUUGAAAAUCAACGUCUACCAGAGGCAGCAUUUUUUGCUCGAACAUAUCUUCCAUCACAAAUAAAUCGUGUUGUUGGAUUAUGGAGAGAAAAAUUAAAACAAAUGAAUAUGGAACGUUCGGCGCAUGCAUUAGCAAAUCCAACUGAUUAUGCAAAUCUUUUUCCUGGUCUUAUUGAUACUUACAAAACAGAACAGUUUUUAAAACAAAAUAUGAAAUCACAAUCAGCUAGAAAUUAUCAAACACUUCUACCGAAUUGGGAGAGAAAUCCGAUUACUGAAAUGAAAGAAGCAGAAGAUCAUGGACAGUUUUCUUAUAUGCAAAUGCAAUUAAACAAAGAAAUAAUAGAUAAUAAUGAUGAUGAUGAUGAUGAAGAAAGUUUUGAUGAUGCAAAUGAAACACCAACACAAGCAACAACUAAGACAACGGCAAAUUCAUUAAUAGGUAAUAAAUUAAUUGUAUCUGUCAAUGGCGAUCGAUCUUGUUCACGAUCUCCAACAAAUAGUUCUGCUGUUUCAUCUCAUAAACCAACAACAGUGCCAUCUGCCAUUAGAGAAGCAUCAGUGAAAUCUACAGCAUCGAGUAUUAUAUCUAUAGCUACCACAGUUGGUAGUGCUAGUCAAACAUCUUUAAGCGAUUUUGAUAAAGAGCUACAAGAGUUUGAUUUCGAUUUUGGCAAAGAUGAUAUUGAUGAUAAUGAAAAUGGUCCAUUAGUAUCGAAACAACCUUUUAAACAAACCACUGAUGAGAAUGAGGUAAAAACGUAA